AUGCCAUUGUGUGGAUUUAUUGCUGGAAGAAUCCUAUGCAUGCAUGGAGGAUUGUCACCUCAAUUGGCCAACAUCGAACAACUUCGACAUCUUCCACGUCCCCAAGAUCCACCAAAUCCAUCAAUGGGCAUCGAUCUUCUAUGGGCAGAUCCUGAUCAAUGGGUGAAGGGAUGGCAAGCAAACACACGCGGAGUGUCCUAUGUUUUUGGCCAAGAUGUGGUCUUCGAAACUUGUCAGAAACUAAACAUUGAUUUGAUUGCGAGAGCUCAUCAGGUUGUGCAAGACGGAUACGAGUUCUUUGCUUCAAAAAAAUUGGUGACGAUUUUCUCGGCACCUCAUUACUGCGGCCAGUUUGACAACUUUGCGGCAACUAUGAAGGCAAAUUUCAAGCCUCAUGUCUCAACUCAAAAACUUACUGAAACUUCUAUUUAG